UUAUAAAAGCAUGUGGGAUCUGUGAGUUUCUCAUUCACACAGAAACCAGACAAGGUUCAACUUCCUGUUUCUGCAGCUCUGGGACAGUGGGAUAAAAGAUCAAUGAUGGAGUUGAACGUGUCGCUAAUGGACUUCGAUGCUAACGAGGAGAACUGCACUUACCAGGCAGCGUGGGAUUGGAUCUCAUCUCUCCAGCCUUGGUGGCUUUCAGUAAUCAGCAUCUCAGGUCUAGUGGGAAAUGGUUUGGUCCUGUUGGUGUUCUGCCUGCAGAGGAACUCGUGCUCUGUGGCUGAUGUGUACCUGGGGAACCUGGCAUUGGCAAACCUAGUCAUGGUUCUGUGUCUUCCCUUCUGGGCCAUGACCAUCGCUCAGGAUUAUGAGUGGAGCUUUGGGCAGGUGCUCUGUAAGCUAAUCAACACAGCUAUCUCCAUGAACUACUUCUGCAGCAUGUUCUUCCUGGUUCUGGUUAGUGUGGAUCGCUAUUUGGCGCUUGCCAGAAUGAUGAGUCGUAGCAGGCUGAGACGCUCGUCCUGGGCCAAGCGGAUCUGUCUGGUAAUCUGGAUUUUGGGAUUCCUGAUUAGCGUUCCAUCGUUACUUUUCCGUGGCGUACGCUACCUCCCAGACCUCGACGUCCAUGCUUGUUACUUGGUGUACCCUCAUCAAGGCUGGAGGAUCCAAAGAAAUCUGAGCAGCAACGUGCUGGGAUUUGCGAUACCGUUACCCAUCAUCACGUUCUGCACUUAUCACACAGUUAAAGCUCUUAAAGAUAGCAAUCUGAGGUUCAUCCCUGGAGUUCGGACAGAAAAACGGGCCACUCGUCUUGUGCUAACGGUUCUGGCUGUGUUUCUGUUCUGCUGGACACCACACCAGGUCGUACGUCUGCUGGAUACACUGGAUUAUUAUCAGAUCACGCCUGGGGGAUGUUUUUUUGGACACAUCCUAGACAUUAGCGAGCAGUGUUCCACCUACCUAGCAUACGCUGACAGCGCAAUUAACCCGUUCUUGUACACGGUCGUCGGGAAACACUUCAGGAAACGAGCUAAAGGUGUGUUUAAACAGAUUCUCGCUCCUGGGUGGAAGGACAACACUCCUAAUGCCACGCUUACUAGCAGGUGCAGUGAAACUCGUAAAGACUCGAUUGUGAUCAAUAAAAGAAUCCAAGUGUCCGUGUACCACAUCUCAUCAACGCAACUCACAGAUCUGCAGAUGCUGUCCGAUACUUUAUGAACAUCGUUCUUGCUCCAGUGCGGACAUUACUUUAAGACCGACUACUUCUCAUGACGUACAAACCAGAUCUCCAGCGUGUGGAACAUGUGAGUCAUGUUUGUGUAGCUUUCAGAAUCAUAUCAGCCGUUUAUUUCUGAAACUAAAGCUCAUGACAAUACAGGAGAGAAAAGUGUUCAGCUUAGCGUCAGGAGAUCUCAAAUUUAAAGUCCCAUGAUGCCUUAGUCAUCUGUGGAGUCUAGCACUCAGGGUGUGUCCUUCUGACCUGAGACUCAGCAUCAGGAGCAGAUUGUAACGAUGGCGUCUCGUGUCUCAGAGGAAGCACAUGUUAGCAUACCGUAGGUUGUAGCUGUCCUGUAACGGAGGAGAGCAGCGAGAGAAGGAAGAAGAGAGAAGAAAAGCUCUGAUUUAAUCCGUUUGUGUUUAAAGGUUUAGUAAGAAUCACACUGAUGAUCGGUGACUGAAGUGAAUCGAUGCCUAACAGAUAGUGAAGAUGUGUUCAUAUGUUAAUUGAUUGAGUCUGUAAAUAAUAAUAAAGUAUAAUUUAUCAUUGAGGCUGUAAUUAAGACUUUGUGAUGUGAGACAGUAAUAAACACUGUGUGAAGUCUGA